AUGCCACGCAAGGCGUCGAGCGAAAGCCGCCGCGCGCAGGUUGCCGAGGCGCUGGCGCUGGUCCCUGACCGCGGGCCUUCUCCGAGCGCCAUUAACUCAUCUCAAGGCCGCCGCUACCCGUGGCCUGUGACGUCGGCCAUGCUGGCCAACAUGGCGCUCGAGAACGCAAGCCUGCCCGCCCUGCUGAGCGCGUGUCUGUACGUACUGCUGACGGGCGGACACUGCGACGUCACGGCGUACAAGUACGCCUGCACCGUGAUGCUGAGCAUCAUCCUCAGCCUGGCGGCGCCCUCGUAA